AUGUUAAAUUUCGCAUUGUCGAGCCUUCGGCGGAAAGCAGAAGUACAUAAAAUCCUAGUUUAGAUUUUAAACAAUUGUGAUUACUUUUUUUAUUUAUAUUUUUUUUUCUAACGCUACUUUUGUGUUUUAAUUUUUUUGUGUUCGUCGCACACUGGUCUGCGAACAUGGACAAAAUUAUUUCGAAUUUAAUAUUGAUAUUAAUGUGCGGAGGCCUCGUGAUGUCUUACGACGAAAUAGACGUGGAAGCUGAUACAAAUAUCAUGCUCAAAAUAUUGAGGGACAUGGCGAAUCAAACAAAAGCUGACACUUUGAAUUUGCCAGCGAACGCCACCUCUAUCCGAGAGAACAUCACCGAUACCUUUAGUUGCGAGAACCGUACGUAUGGUUAUUAUGCUGACAUUGACAAUGACUGUCAAGUGUUCCACGUGUGUCUACCGACUCAGACCCCGUCUGGACGAGCCGUCACGUACAGAUACAGUUUUAUUUGUCCAUCCGAAACUGUGUUCAAUCAGGAAGUUCUAACUUGCACCAGACCCAGAGACGCGAUCGAAUGCGAGGAUUCUGUGUUAUAUUACGAUCUAAACGAGGAAAUAGGGAAGGUGCCGAACAAAACUGAAGAGCAGCCGCCUGUCAACGCCCAACAACCAGCGAAAAGCAGCAGUCAACAGAAGGAAACCGAAACCUUACCUGCUACCAACCAGAGGAGGACACCGAACAAACGGAAACAGAGCCUGAUCAUUGAAAGCCUCAUGAAAGAGGUCGUCAACGAUGACUUGAGACAGAAGCUAAUUGGAUUCGCUGAGCAGCACACUGAUGAUAUACCAGAUAGUCCAGAAAUACCUGAGGAACUCGGGCUUGAGGAUGGAGCAGCGGUUUCUGAUGAAGAAGCCGAGGGGCGGAUAGCUUUGGAGCGACGAGUGGGCAGGAAACUGGACCGAGGCAGUUUCAGGUUUAGGGCUGACGCUUGAGUCGAUUGGUGGACAUAAUGCUGAUGGAUUAUCAAAGGACAACUCUCCAAAUACCACUCGGCUGUGGCCAAUUAAUGGGUUAUAUGUGUGACGCAGAUGACUACCAAUAACAUCCAAAAAUCGUUACAAAGACAAAGACAAUCUUGAUAAAGUGGUGGUUACUAGCAAAGUGAAAGGACAAAGAUCCGGUUGGUUGACAAGGCAGGGUUGGUCUGAUCAGAUCCGACCUACCCUAAAUUCUAACCUCUACAAUGCUCUCUAAGUAGUCGAAGACCCGACGAGGUGAUACAACAUCAUGAGGGCGAUAUUCAUGGAUGUAGGUUAUCACCUCAUAAGUGAGGAGCACGAUUGGAACAAUUGGAUUGGAUUGGAUUUCAUAGAUAUGUCGUUUUUCAAACAAGAUCCACAAUAUUCCUAGGCAGCGCGGUGUUGACUCUGCGUCCGUAAGCAGUUGUACACCAAAACCCAUUCGUUGGACCACUGUGAUGAACCUUUGAAGACAUUAGCUUGUGUUACUGUCAUUGAUACUGCAAGUUCAUUUAGCGGAUAUGUGCCAAUUUCUCUUAGUAAUAAUUUUAUUGUAUAAUUUACUUUUAUUGAGUAGUCGGGUGCGUCUUUUGUGAUUUUGUAAAUAGAAAUUUUCGAAUUGUUUCCACGAGGAGAAAUAAAACUUUGAAUGAUA